AUGGACGCUACCUUAGAGAACCCGGAUUUCUUGGAUUUUCUAAAUACCACCCAGUCAGGAGCGGCACAUAACUCUGUGGGAAUCUCCUUUGAGUCAUUCCUCUCGUCUCUUAUCUUUUCUCUUGUAUACUGUUCUCUUCAAGUGUUGAUAUUUACCUACCUAAGAACAAGAUUCAAGGAAUUCUACCAGCCACUGUGCUACUGUCUGCCAGACAGCAUUCGGACACCGCCAUUGUCAGACGAUCUUUUUGCUUGGGCAAAGCCCAUAGUUUACACCCCGAUUGGAACCUUCUACCGACUAGGAUUGGACUCGUACUAUUUCCUGCGAUUCAUGUACACGCUGCUGAUUCUGUUCGUUGGGAUGGCCUGCCUCAAUAUUCCAGUGCUCAUCCCAGUAAACCUAUGUGGCGGAGACGAGCUAACUAAGGGCAUUGUACGAGGGCUCGACAGGAUCUCCACGUCCAACAUCUCGUCUCGAAACACCAAUAAAUACAUGUUCCAUUUUGGCAUGGCUAUUUUUGUGAUUCUGUGGUUCCAUUAUGUGCUCAUCUACGAGAUGAAAUGCUGCGUUGAGGAGCGGCAAAAACAUUUGGUGUUGAGCUCGAAAGCCCAGCAUAAGCGGGCUUCCAUGUCGACUGUGCUGCUAGAAAAUAUUCCGCACGAGCUGAUGGACGAGGCUGCAAUAGAGCAGUUUUUUGCCACUCUGCCUGGCGGAGUCAAAAAAGUGUGGCCAAUUCUGGACUACCGCAACGUGGAGGUAUUGGUGAAAAAGUAUGAAAGGUACAGAGGGCUCUUAGAAGAGCUGGAACUGGAUAUCAUCAAAGACAAGACUCAAAACCGAGUCAAUUAUGCUACCAAAAAUUUCUACGAGCCGAUUGAGCUACUUGGGUUUGAGUGCACGGUUCCUGGAAUAUGCAAAGUUGUGGAUCCAUACGACCAUACAGCAGGACAGAUGCUGCUGCUGGGUGAGCUAAUUUUGGCAAAACAGCGCGAAAUCAAGUCCGUAAAGCUACGGAGCUCAAAGAUCAACAAAGCGUUUGUGCAGUUCAACAAGAUCAGCACUGCAUACCUCGCACGCCAGCUCCUACUAACAAAAUCCCCAAAGGACAUGACGGUAACACUCAUGGAAAUGACACCAGAUGACAUUAUCUGGAAAAACAUUGUUCGCUCGGACCAAACAGCUUCCAACGUGAUAUGGAACGCGGCUAUGUUUUUCGUUUCCAUUCUGAUCAUUGUUUGCUGGGUGAUUCCCGUGGCAUUUGUGGGGUCAAUCUCGCAACUUCCCUAUCUCACUGCUCUUAUUCCAACCAUUAGCUGGCUAAACGGUCUUCCAGACUUUCUGACAGCGUUCAUUGCCGGAAUCUUGCCCACAAUAGUUCUCACGUUGCUGACCUCUGUUGCCUUGCAAAUAUUCAAGGUUGUCGGGUAUAAGCGAGGACAAAUAGUGGGCUCUUCAUUGGAACUGAGUCUUCAGAGCUGGGUAUUUGUGUUCUUAUUUUUCCACCUCUUCAUUGUGAUCACCAUCUCCUCAGGGUUCAUUGUGGUGCUGGAACGAUUUCUUCUCAAUCCAAGUGCUAUCCCAGCAAUGGUGGCCCAAGACUUCCCCAAGGCAUCCAACUUUUUCUUCUCGUUUUUCAUCUUAAAGGGCCUGACCUGUUUCGGGAACAGUCUGCUGCAAUUCGGAAGGUUCUCGUCAGAUAUGUGCAUGGACAAAUGGCUCGACAAGACUCCGCGACAAAAGCUUCAUCGCCGCAUGAACAUUCCCCAGGCCAGCUGGGGACUCACCUACCCGACUUACUCCGUCUAUGGCUCGAUCGGUCUGGUGUACUCUGUAAUAUCUCCUCUGAUCCUUGUGUUCUGCUGCAUCAACUUCCUUUUAGACCUGCUGUCGUACAAAUACUGUCUUCUCUAUGUUUACAACUACAAAAACAGCUCGGAGACAGGCGGAAAAAUCUACUCGAUCGCACUUCGCCAACUGUACGCGGGAAUCUACAGUCUCGAGGUGUUUCUUAUCGGACUGUUCUUCAUUGUGAAAGACGAUAAGGGCGAAAACACCUGCUUCCUGCUGGGUAUCAUGAUGGUUAUAGUUUUGGUGUUGACUAUAUGCGUUCAUGUUUCUAUUAAUAGGCAAUACGAUAAGUCACUGAGCGUUGUUCCGCUGGAACUUUUCGAGGAGCUGGAUCAAGAAAUAAAGUUUGAGCAUGACAUUGACACAGCCUCUCUUUUCUGUCAUCCUUCGUUACGGUUUGAUCCAUGCGAGCAGGUGGUCUGGAUCCCUAAAGAUCCACACGGACACAGCGACAGGGAACGCCAGAAGCUGGAACUAUUUGGACUCAAGGUGUUUGACCAGGGCUGCACGAUCAGCAGCAAGGGUAGACUCGAGAUCCUGAUGUCUCCGCCAGACUAUGUUUUUUGA